CAUCAACUAAUCAAAAAUAUGAGCUGAUAUAUGUAGAGCACAGGGAUAUGUUUCUCUUUGUGAGAGGUCUUUGAUGUUGGAAAGGUCAACAUUUUAAUAGAUAAACUACCAGAUGUUUAUCUGGCUUUAUUUAUUUAUUUAAUAUGUUUUUUUGGAAGGGCUUAUCUGGCUUUAUCAAAUUUAAGGAAAUUUUGUGGCUUGUCAUGAUCGUUGUGCUAUCAUUACCACUUGUUCGAAUUCUGGAUGGCUGGAUGAGGUUUUUCAGCAACUUAAUCUGACCUUUUGGAUACUGGGUUUUCUGACAAUCUGCACAGCAUAUCACUUCAACGUUUCAAACAAGCAUAUGAUUCGGAUCAAAUAAAUCAUUACUCUAUAUCUUUGUUGAUUCUGUAAAUAACUUAACAUGCAGUUUUGUCAAAACUUUAGUUAUUUGCAUUUGUGUGUGCGCGCGCGCGGGCGACUACUGUAUUGGAUUGCUACCACAAAUUAGUGGGUUUGUAAGUACCUGUAUUGUUUAUGCCAUGCUAAUAUGGAUGCCAGUAGAAAAUAUCAGUAGUUUGCAUUUACGGAAUUGCAAACAUUUCUUACUGAAGCAACCUGUUUCCAGAUUAUGUAGUAUUCUGGAUAGUUGUGAACAAUUUUGAUAAGUUCUUUGGCUGUGGAGCAUCUAUGGUAUCUAAAGAUUCUGUGUCUUUUGACUACUUGUUCUUGGACCUAGGAACACUAUCAAGUAUGCUAUUACUCUAUGUAAGUGGGGAUGAAAUGUACAGUGGUACUGCUAGGACUUUAUCUAAUAUAGUUAUUCAGGGAUAUAGUCAUGCUCACCGAAACGGUAUCAGUUCAUCCAUGUGGGUACUCGUACUGCAUGGUCUAGUUACUUCCUAAACAUCUGUCAACACUAUACUUAUAUUGAUCCUUGUUUUGGUUAAAAAAUUGCUAAGCUGUUGGAACUUGUAUGCUGUUGAUGGUUAUUCUGUGUCAUGCUAGAAAUUUAUGCCUUAAAUGUGGUACAUAAUGUAUUGGAUCUCUGUUAGUGUCAUGGGGCAAUAUAUGUCAUGUUAUUGUGGAAAUACCUGUAAACCAGUAGUUCAGGUUUAGGGAAAUGUUGCUUGAAAUAUAAUUAUGGAUAGAAAUAUUGGUUAAAGUUAUUUGAACUAAUGCAAGUUUAGAAAUAUCUUCUUUGAAACAUGGAAAUUUUGAAUGAUUGUAAAUACUAAACCAAUCACUAAUGCAUUAAUUAGAGCCUUAGAGGUAUACUUUCUGAAAUAAUGAAUACAUGAUAUUUGCAAGACAUGUAAUGUAAUCUAUGGAGGGUAUGCUAUUGACCCAUAUAGCAUUUGUGAAAAUGCAAGUUAAAAGGUUUAGUUUUGCAUUACAGAACUUAUGAAUCUUGUUACUGGGAGUUUGAUGCUGUCUGAUAUCUUGUUCUGUUUUCUCCAUAGGAUUUAUGGCUUUUGGAAAAUGAGUGGAUUUGUUUUCUUAUUUCUUAUGACUACUUUGUGCUUGACAAGGAUGAUGUUCAUGUGCAUAUUGAAUGGGGAGUGCACUUGUUAAGUACUGUCAAUAGUGUGAGAUAGAGACUACUGUGGAUGUAAGCACACUUUUGGUGCCUGAGAUGUUGAGGGUGUCCAUGUGGUUAGUUAGGGGGUGCUGUGCUCAUAUUUCAUAUAGAAAGUAUGAAUGUCGGAUUUAGGAAAGUUGAUCCUGACCGCUGGGAAUUUGCAAAUGAGGGCUUUUUGAGGGGUCAAAAACAUCUUCUAAAGAGUAUCAACCGGCGAAAACCUGCCCAUGGACAUGGUCAUCAACAGCCACAGCAGCCAUCACAUGGACAGAGUUCAGUAGCUGCAUGUGUAGAGGUUGGGAAGUUUGGUCUGGAGGAAGAGGUUGAGAGGCUUAAAAGGGACAAGAAUGUGCUUAUGCAGGAACUUAUCAGGUUGAGGCAGCAGCAACAGUCUACUGAUAAUCAGCUGCAAACAAUGGUCCAACGUCUUCAAGGUAUGGAGCAGCGGCAGCAACAGAUGAUGUCAUUCCUUGCAAAGGCUGUGCAGAGUCCCGGUUUCUUGAAUCAGUUUGUACAGCAGAAAAAUGAUAGCAAUAGGCGCAUAACUGAAGCCAAUAAGAAAAGGAGACUCAGGGAGGAAGGAAUUGCUGAAAACGAGCGUUCUGAUACUCCUGAUGGACAGAUUGUUAAGUAUCAGCCUCCGAUGAAUGAAGCGGCAAAGGCAAUGCUCAGGCAGAUGAUGAAAACAAAUACUUCUUCCCAGCUGGAUUCUUUUAGCAACAAUCUUGAGAAUUUUUUGAUUGGUGAGGGUUCAUCAUCAUCCAGUGCAGUAGACAGUGGUAGCUCUUCAAGCCAUGUCUCGGGAGCUACACUUCAAGAGGUCCCGCCUACUUCAGGGCGUGGACCGUUACCUGCAAUUUCAGAAAUAGAAUCUUCUCUUAAGGCUACAACCUCUGGAGAAGUUAUGAGAGAUCCAUUGUCAGAUAUUAAUGUCCUCAUUGGAGCGCAAGAGGCACCAGCACUUCCUAUUUCUCAGGCAGAUGUAAUCCCUGAGGUUUCUCAGGUACAAGGUAUGGCACAUGGAGGUUUAAUUGAUAUUCCUGAAGGAAACACAAAACCUGAGGCAGAUGUUGGAUUUAUUCAAGAUAUGGCACCUGAAGCCGGUGAUGGAUUUAUCGACUCCACGGCAUUUGAUUUUAUGUCCCUAGAUGUUGAUAGUUUUCCCCCUGAUGCUGACAUUGACGCAUUGCUUGACAAUUCCAACUUGUGGGAUUUUCUUGAACAAAGUCCUGUGCCAGAUGAAAUGGAUUCGACCUCUGCAGAAGGCAUGCCUGUGGGAAAUGAAGUGCAGCCGACAGAGAAUGGGUGGGAUAAAACCCAGCAUAUGGAUAAGCUUACUGAGCAAAUGGGAAAUCUUAAAUCAAAUACUAAAGGGGUUUGAUCAUGUUUACUAAUGUACAUUAGCUACAAACAUCGUUCGAGGUAAACCCCCCCAAACUCAUACUAAGUAGAUCAUAUCAAUCACCUGGUCCCUCUUAUAUGGCCAUUGGAAAAGCAGCUAUGACUUCUGUAUCAGUUCAUCCUGGCAUUAUUUUGCACAUAUGGGACACAAGUUUUUGUUGUCAUUACCCCUUUAGUCUCUUUAGUCAUUGUGGUAGUCAGUGUUGAAUGAAUGCAGCGGACAUAGUUGUCUUAGAGGCAAAAACUUCUGAUCUUUGAUCUUAGUUGUACAGGUUGAUGUCCUGCUCUAGGUAGAGUGGGACAAAUCCUUUGUUUCAAAGGAAUUGCUCCUAAGGGUGGCUGGUUUCUUAUUAAGUUCAUAAUUGUUCCUUCACAGACUUCGGUUGCACUAACAUCCAUGUUAUCACAUCCUUUGCACUUGAAAUGAUAAUACUAUUUUGUGCAUCUGGAAAUCAA